UGGCAAGAAAGAGGAUUGUAUUGAACAUUUUCCUACCUAAGAAACAUGGAAUAAAAGAUUCGACGCCACUUGCUGCUUGCCACUUGCCACUUGCCACUUUCUGCUUGCUUUCUUCUCUGUCAGCAAGUUAGCCCGCUCUGUCACGGCGUAUCUCGAUUACUGAGCAUGCCCGAAUCGGCCAUCCACAAGCGGCUAUUUCGUCAGUUACGGCCCAUCUCUUCGUGGUGGCACUAUGACUGUGUCUCGCAGCACAGUGAGGGAGGGAGAACAUGGAGAUAUCGGGGCCCCCAACACCGGAAACUCAGCCAACGAGACGCCGUCCCCGGGUGGUCGGGCGCACCGGGGUUCUCCGAACCACGUGUGUGGGUAGUCGGACACCAAACACGAGCCAAGUUAAGAGGACGAGGAGGGAGGGGCCCGAGGGGGGCAGGGAGAGAAACGAAAACAGGUAAUAUCGUCAUCUCGAUUGUGGAACGUAACACGGCAUUGUACGUACCCUUUCUGUGCCGGAAGCGAGAUAAUACCUACCAUACCGGCACUGCGGCGGCGGCGGCGGCCGUGGCGGACGCGGCCCACACAGUAGGUUCCCAGGGAACUUUUGCCAUCACCACCGCCCCCCGUCCGCAUUCCCGGAAAGACAACUAUGCCUCAUGUGUGCUGAUUGCGCUGGGAAUGAGAGGUGAAAAGCGCAAAGGAACACGUCACUCGGUUUUCCGCAGCAGUGUGAUUUGUGAUGCGAGCAAGCCAACUACUAGCUAUCUGGCUCGGACUCGCAGCUCGUCAUAAUUUACCAAUUUACUUAUCGGGAAACUCUUCUCUGACCAAUUUGUCACUGGCUGACAAACCGACUUCUCUCGAAAUUCAGCCUCCGAAUUGCCA